AUCUUUUGUAAUUCAGCAGAUUCCCAGCAGUAAUCUCUUCAUGGUCGUCGUGGACAACAAGUGUGACUGCAGCUCUGCCCCCCUGGUUUCCAUGGAUCCCAUCGAGAUUAUGUAUAUCCUUUACUAACCCUCAAUAAGUUCGAGGUGUUUGAGUGUAUUGUUAGUACAAAGCUUUUGAAUGUUUUUUAGUAUACAUGUUUUGUAAGUAGAUGGGUUUUGUAAAUUAACUGUAAGUGAACUCUGAACUUAGACUUUAGUCUUCUGUGAAUGUGAAUAGCUUCUUCAUUGUCAGAGGUAUUAAUCCAUAUCUCAUACAUGUAGCUAUUUAUGAAGCGUGCAUUACGGUUUGGUGAUCUCAUCACGCUAGAAUGAUGUUGCAGAAACGGUCACCACAGUAUCAGUUAAAUGUAUCUGAGGUGUGGUUCAUCAGUAUUUCUAUCCUUAACCCCUCUGCACACAAUGAGUCUCUGAAAUGUGAUAGGCUGAAGUUUCAGAAAGACAGAAAGCGGCCAGAAUCGUGUCAUCCUUUUCACCCCGAGGAGAAUGCCAUGGAGUGUGGAGGAGCAGCAUGCCUCUCUGCCCCCCUUACAGCAGCACUGCUCCCCCUACUGGCCACUCUCAUUAGCAGGUGACCACACCGCCCUCGAGGCCCACCGUCCUGGACCCAACACUGGAGAGAUUGAUAGACUGGCGCACCAUCAAAUGCUGACAACGCACAGGGAGCCUCGCCAACAAGAAGAACUUGCUCAUAACUAACUGAGUUGCGUAUUACCAACAGAGAGACGGACCAAUUGUAAAGCAUCUCCCUGACCAGCAGAGAAAUAACAAAUUAGACGACAUUGUUCAAGAGAAACAGAACAAUAUUCCAAGGGGAAAACGAUAUGGACAUUAGACAGAAAAAAUACACCUGGGAGCAGCAAUGAACGGGUUUCACAGGAUAACAGAAAGGACACAAGAUCAGUUGGAUAACAAAGCCAGCACUCUGUGAUGUAGGAACUAUCUUCCUUUAUGUGCAGUCAGUGAAAGCAUUACCAUGUUGAUUUAAAUCUCAGUUGGUUCACUCCACAUUAGAGUUCCAAAAUACUUCAAUACACUCUCACAGCUGUAAUACGCUGACUGCAAGCGGCAGGACAGGAUUUUACAGAAUAAAAGAUCCACUUUUCCCUACGUUCAAACAACAUAACACAGGCAACGAUAUACAGAUAUACAAAUCACAAUAUUUGACAUAAUUUAUUUGCAUGAGACAAAGUCCACUUGAUCAAUAGUUAUUGCUCUGGUAUCCUAUGGUGGCACUGGUGAUGAUGAGAUCUAUAGUGCCACUACUUGGUCUGGUGCAGCCAUCUAAGGUUGCAGUGACUUUAUAUUCACACAGCUUCUAAGGACAUACAUAAGGUUUACAUACCACAUUUCAUUGCCCCUUGUCCAUCGGCUCAGUUCUUGUAGCCAGUUGCCCAUGGUGGAAUUACCUGCAGGGCUUGACAUUAACUUUUUCUGCCACUUGUCCUUCAGACAAGUAAGACAGAUUUUUUACUUGUCUGAGCGGUUAAGGAGAACUGGCCAAAACCUCCCUCUGUUAAGGUGAGUGCAAUGCAGAUACUUGCAAAGGCUAUAAGCACAGCGUUCAUCAAAGCACAGCUUAUCUGCCAAGAUCUGCCUGCAAUCUCGGCUCUGCCUUAUAUCAGUUUCUCAGAAUUCUGGUCAGAGUCUUGUAAGUAGGCACAGAUGUGAGCAAUUAGUUCAUGAUUUAGUAGUAUCUUCCCUUACAGGCUGUCCAGCUUCACCACACUAUCCCCAUCCUAGGUGGAAAAGACCGUCCCUGAGUUGUUUCAAAGCCAUGUGGUAACUUUGGACUACGCUGGUGGCUGCCAGACUUGCACUGGUCAUGCUCCCCGAGACCGUUGGGCCUUCCUCCCACUGAAAGAGAUGCUGCUUCCCGUUGCUGAAGAAUGCCGGAAGUACCCUCUCGUAGAAGCUGGAGGUCAGAUGACCACUCUUGUGUGCUAUAUAUGCAACAGCCCUGGAUGCAGAACAGCCUCUCUCCGGGAAAAUCCACAGCAGACUGGAACCCCGGCCGGUGAUAACCCAUGGCUUGACCUCCAGUCAGCGGGAAGGCCUGCGAGGUUGGGCAGGAAAUCUCUCUCUCUCUCCCACCCAGCCGGGUCGUACCGGAGUCUCUGCAAAUAAACAAGGAACAAAGGGUUUGAGUUGUUUGAAAUGCACCACAGUUUCAGGACCUCUCUCUGCCAGUUCUAUGCGGCACAGGACCUCUAAAACCUGGGUCUAGCACUUGGAAAGGGUGUUUGUAGCACCUCUGUAACUUAGGACAUAACCCCCGCUUCUUAGCCUUAUUUCGAACCCAAACCAAUUCACCCACAGAUUAAUAUAGGAAAUUGGCCCGAAAAUCAAAGUUAGCUUUCUGCUGACUGGAGGCACUAGCUUGGUGUCUUUUCACUGACCACUAAUGUAGACAAAGUGUCAUCCAGCCACAAUACAUAUUCACUGACAGAUGUCAUUUUUUCCCUGUGAUCUAUGUCAAGCAUCACAUCGACUAGAAGAACAAUUUCUUAACCAAACAGCACUUUGUAUGGGUUGAACCCGGUACAUGCAUGAACACUACUACGAUAGACCAUCAUGACAUACGGUAGAAGAACAUCCCAGUUCAACACACUGUCCCCCAUCCUGGAUGGAACAGACCGUCCCUGAGUCACUCCGAAGCCAUGUGGUCUCUUUGGACCACGCUAGUUGCUUCUGGUCUCGCACUGCUCGUGCUCACCGAGAAAGUUGGGCUCCCGUUGACCUCCCUCCCAUUGAAAGAGACGCUGCUGGCGCCUCCCAUUGCUGAACAAGACCGGAAGACCCCUCUCGUGGAUGCUGGAGGUCAGAUGAUCUCUCUCAUGUGCUAGAUGCGCGCGAGCAACCCAUCUGACUGGGGAUGAUAAGCAAAGGUUCGAGAUUUGUGGAAGAGAUGUUCUUGAACAGUACGACCGGACAUAAUAAUGUCAUCCAAAUCAACUAAAUGGGUGGUCUACUGUGAAUCUUCUAGGACUACAUCCAUCAACCUCUAGAAGGUACUUGGUGCAUUGCAUAAACCAAAACGUAAAACGUUAAAUUCAAACAAGCCCCGUCUGGUGGAAAACACAGUUUUUGAUCUGUCUUUGGGGUCCAACCCGACUGUCUCAAGGGUGGAGAACCAGCGAGCCUUGUUCAAACUGUGAAGAGCAUCGUCAAUUCUCCGGAGCAGGUAAGCAUCUUUCUCAGUGACAUCAUUGAGUCUCUUUUUUUUACCAGAACGACAGGGGCUGUCCAGGGGCUACAUGAGGGGCGGAUGAUGCCAUGCUUUAGCAUCUGCUAAAUGUGGUCUACGGAUUCCUGUUGCAGUUGGAGGGGGAUCCUGCGCGGGGCCAUUUAAUGGGUUUUGCGUUACCGGUAUCUAUCUGAUGCAUCGUAAGGUGAAUUUGCCCUAGAUCCGUGUCUCCUGUACUAAAAACAGAAGUGUGCCGAUGGAGCAGUUCACGAAUGGAAUGAAGUUCGGCGCGUUCAAAACCUCUCUUUUCCAAACCAAAUUGUGCCACAAUGGUGUUUACAGACCAGGAAGGGGUGAUGCCCUAUUCUCUCCGCUUUUCGAAUUCCACUAUUUCACUAUCUACCUCUUCCUCGGUGAAUAGAGUGGCAAUUUCCAUGCCCCGUUUAAGAAUCUGGUUCUCAUCAGUCAUAUUAAUUAUACAUACUGGCAUAACCCCCUGGUCAACUGUACACACGACGUGAGCCACCAGGACAUCACAAUGGUUGAGCAGAGAGGAAGAGGGUUCCAGCAUACCUUUGGUGUACUUGUUGGGAAGACCUUCAACUGCCCAACCGGGUUAAUUACUUCGCAGCGGGGUGAGACUACUGUAUCAUAGUGAACAGUAACACGUUUGGGUUGGUUAGCAUCAUACAACAGCAAGAGAGGUAGCUUAUUUCCCAUUAGUCGGUAUCAUCUUCCAUAUCAAUCACAUCACCAAAUGUAGCUAGAAUGUCAGUGCCAAGCAGAAUGUCUUAGGGCAGGAUAUCCACCAUAAGAAUUCAGUAACUACGACUAAAGACUCAAAUUGACAACUGGUCUGCCAACGGCCCAGGAUCUACAUUUCCCGCCCAUUCGCUACAGCUACUUAGCCCUGGUAACACAUCAACUCAGUGCCUCCAUUAGUUAUUUUUAGCUAUGGAAACAACUGAAGCUUGAGCACUGGUAUCAACUGGUAGACGAUAGUCCCACCCACUUAGUUUAGCAUUGAGGUACACCCCGGAAGUGUUCUUGUCACAUGGAGAGGCCAGUCUAGAAGGAGGAGGAAGGGGGGGGGCGAGCAUUUGGCCUGCCGUACACACCCCCUCUAGUUUCCCGGCAGGUAGGGGCAGUUUCUUCUCAUAUGACGAUUACAUCCACAUUCCUAGCAGAAUUCGCUUCGGCCUCUGUUCCCUCAGUCAUAAGCAAACCCACUUUGUUCCCUAGUAGCGGGCCUAGCAGACGAAGACUGACUCGCCAGUCCCCACUACAUAAAUAAUCAAUAAAAUUAUCACGUGUAAACAUAUCCAGAGUAGUGGCAUCUGCAGUUGGGUACUCUUUCUCCAUUAACCGACGUGGAGCAUUACCAAAUUCACGGGCUGUUUCGUUAUGCAGCCUCCUCCUAGCCAGGAAGUUAGCACAGUUCCCAUUGUGACUGUCACAAGGGUCUAAACAUUUCCCCAUAGCAUUUUUCAACUGUGUGUAGUCACUUCUAUGCUCAACGGAAAGACCGCUAUAAAUGUCUCGAGCCCGCCCCGAUAGUAACAAAGACAUAUAUUUUAACUUGAGCCCAAAUUCCAAUUGUUUACCUUGGCAGCCAUUUCCAACUGUCCAGCCGAAACAGACCAUUCCAGACCCAUACCGGUAAAUGUUUCUGGCAUGAAGACAGGGCGCACCGACUGCAUGUUGCGGGGAAUGGCUGACCAUUAUGUGGAACGGGGGCUGCCAUCUGAUCCUAAGUUUGGUGUGUCCUCAUGGUCUGACAUAUAUAUCCCACUGGUGCCACCAGUGUAAUUAAGCUUGCUAGACCACACGAUAGGUGGGGCAAGUACUGGAUUGAGCAGAGUAGUUUGAGCCACCAUCUUUGUUUGACCAGUAUGGUCCAGCGAGGAUUGGACACGAAAACUCAACACAGAUAUAGAAAACAAUGAUCGUUAUUAACAACACCAUUUCAUAAGACAGGGUGCCUGAAAUGCUAGGUGACCUACUACAUUCAUAGAACCCCCUACUUUGAACUACACAGUCUGGAAUCCCCUUUCUGUUCGCCCCACAUACCCCAUGUUAUAUUUUUUUAAAUAUUUAACCAGACUAGGCCAACGAAAGAGGACAUCUGACAUGAUAUUGAACGUUUAAAUGUAAUAUUUAUACUCAGCGAAAGCUGAGACUCCCCUCUCUUUAAAACAGUAACAGUAGUUGUUUUAAAGUUGUGUUUUAGCUGCGAUUACAUUUUGAAAUCUUGCUCAACUGUCAUGUGCUUUCACAUUCAGAAUGAGUCUCUCCCUUCACUCCGCGCACAAAGUAGGGAGAGAGUGAGAGCAUACAGCGAAAACAGGGACAGAACAUAGGACAUGACAAUAACACAUGCUGCUAACGGCUAAAUAUACUGAACAAAAAUUAACGAAACAUGCAACAAUUUCAAAGAUUUUACUGAGUUGCAGUUCAUAUAAGGACAUCAGUCAACUGAAAUAUAUUCAUUAAGCCCUAAUCUAUGGAUUUCACAUGACUGGGAAUACAGAUAUGCAUAUGUUGGUCACAGAUACCUUAAAGGUAGUGGCAUGGAUCAGAAAACCUGUCACUAUGUGGUGCAACCAUCCUUUCCCUCAUGCAGCGCAACACAUCUCCUUCGCAUAGAGGUGAUCAGGCUGUUGAUUGUGGCCUGUGGAAUAUUGUCCCAGUCCUCUUCAAUGGCUGUGCGAAGUUGCUGGAUAUUGGCGCGAACUGGAACACGCUGUCAUACACGUUGAUCCAGAGCAUCCCAAACAUGCUCAGUGGGUGACAUGUCUGAGUAUGAAGGUCAUGGAAGAACAGGGACAUUUUCAGCUUCAAGGAAUUGUGUACAGAUCCUUGCGACAAGUGGCCGUGCAUUAUGAUGCUGAAACAUGAAGGCGGCGUAUGAAUGGUAUUACAAUGGGCCUCAGGAUCUCGUCAUAGUAUCUCUGUGCAUUCAAAUUGCCAUCGACAAAAAUGCAAUUGUGUUUGUUGUCCGUAGCUUAUGCCUUCCCAUACCAUAACCCCAGCACCACCAUGGGCACUCUGUUCACAACGCUGACAUCAGCAGACCGCUCGCCCACACAAUGCAAUACAUGUGGUCUGUAUUGUUAAAGGCCGGUUGGACGUACAGAGAAAUUAACAUUCAACUCUCUGUUAACAGCUUGGGUGGACAGACCAUCCUGCAGGCAGCCUGCCAACUGCACACUCCUUCAAAACUUUAGACAUCUGUGGCAUUGUGUUGUGUGACAAAACUGCCCAUUUUAGAGUGACCUUUUAUUUUCCCAGCACAAGGUGCACCUCUGUAAUGAUCAUACUGUUUAAUCAACUUCUUGAUACACCACACAUGUCAGGUGUAUGGAUUAUAAUGUCAAAGAAGAAAUGCUCACUAACAGGGAUUUAAACCAAUUUGUGGACAGAAAUUGAGAGAAAUAAGCUUUUUGUGUGUAUUGAAAGUUCAUAGGAUUUUUUUAUUUCAGCUCAAGAAGCAUGGGACCAACACUUUACAAUCUGCCUUUAUGUUUUUGUUCAGUGUAGUUAAACACCGACGUAAGUAGCCAGACUAGGCUACAUGAUAUGUUUUGAAUUGGCUAUCUAUUAUUAUUUAUUCUAUAGGCUAGCCUACCUGCUGCUGCAAUGUCUCUCUCUCCUUGGGCAACAGCCCCCUCGACCUUUACUGACCAAACAAACCCUGUUAGAUGACCAACAAUCUGCUAUAACUGGGCAAAUAACUGACUAACUAGCAAGGAAUAGCAACAAAUGUGCACAGGUGUCUAAACAAGUCUCUAGUUUUAAAUUCAAACCUGCUGGCUCCUGAAGCCCCCAUGAGAUCCCAAAUCUAGAAGCAGUUUAGCUAACGCAUUAGCUAGCAAGCAAAAUGCUAAUUCUGUUUUACAAGAAAACGUCUGAGAUUACGCAAACACUGUAGCUAGCUAGCUAGGCCUCCUCAGCACCAAUGUUAUUUAACUGUCAUUGAAGUUGGUGGUCACUACUGGUUUCAGAUGACGAGUAAAACUCUCCGCCAUGUUUGGUGUUUUGGUAAGGGCUCAGAGUGACGUCACGCACCAAAGGAGCCUCAAAACCAAUCACGACGGAUAAGGAACAGGGAAUUGUUAAUUGUUUCCUUGUUUAUUUAUUUAUUUAUUUUUUUUACCUUCUUUUCUCCCUAAUUUCGUGGUAUCCAAUUGCUAGUAAUUACUAUCUUGUCUCAUCGCUCCAACUCCCGUACGGGCUCGGGAGAGACGAAGGUCGAAAGCCAUGCGUCCUCUGAAACACAACCCAACCAAGCUUCUUAACACAGCGCACCUCCAACCCGGAAGCCAGCCGCACCAAGGUGUCGGAGGAAACACCGUGCACCUGGCCACCUUGGUUAGCGCACACUGCGCCCGGCCCGCCACAGGAGUCGCUGAUACGCGAUGAGACAAGGAUAUCCCUACCGGCCAAACCCUCACGAUGCUAGGCCAAUUGUGCGUCGCCCCAUGGACCUCCAGGCCAGAGCCUGGGCGCGAACUCAGAGUCUCUGGUGGCACGGCUAGCGCUGUGAUGCAGUGCCCUUAACCACUGCACCACCCGGGAGGCCUCUUGUUUUUUUAAUCAAAUGAAUACAUUUUUUGAUGCUCCUGGACACAUAAUUAGUGAUGUAACCUGGAGUCAUAGGGUGUUUCGGGUCAACAUCACACACCCUCGUGCAGGCGACCCAACCAGGUUUGAUCAGAUCCUGACUUGUCUCUAGGUAGCAUUGCGCUGCUCCCGAUGGGUCUCCUCUCUUGAUCCAGAGACAUUGUGCUGCUGAUGGCUCUUCUCCUCUUCACUCCCUUGAUGCCAAGUGCGCUGCAGGCUCUGUAGAGGGAUUGCCCAGCAAAACCCUUGGAGCCUACCUCGAUAGGCAUGCACCUAGCCUUCCAACCCUGCUUUUGACAGUCAAAGACUUGUCCCUCAUACUUUGCCCUCUUCCUCCCAUACGCCUCCUGAAGACGAUCUUCCCAAGGGACUGACAGCUCAAAAAUAAUUAUGGUCUUUGUGGACUUUGAGACUAGGGUUAUGUCUGGUCUCAUGGUUGUCUUGACAAUGUGCUACAGGAACUUAACAUGGCUCAUCACAGUCAUGUCUUUGAUGACCGUAAAACGUUUGACGCUGAUCGGCCAUUGUGAAGUGGAUUUACAAAGGAUUUAAAUGGACACGUACAAUCUGAUUUCAAGAUUUAUCAAUAACCCUAAAUUUAACAAUGUUCCAUGGGCCUACACACUGAAUUUGGUUUUAUUUGGACCUAUGGUUCAUGAGAAUACCUUUUUCAAAGAUUUUCCAAAUGUCCAGGAUGGAGGAAAAUCUACCCUAAUAGACCUUAUGAUUCCUUGAGGAAAAUGUGUGCAGCAUGAGGAAAAACACCUACAUACAAAGUUUCCUGUCUCUAGGUGAAACGGGGCAGCAGAUAUGAAGGUUUAAGUUAUACUGCUUUUAACAGCGCCACCUAUAGGCCAAUCAGUGGCAUUCUUUCUUACCAAGUUACUCUAGUUUCUGUGUGCAAAAUUAGAAAAAAGUUAUCAAUCUAUGCUUGAGUUAUUUGACCAUGUCAAGGGGUAAAAAUUUUAAGAAUAACAAAAGGUUUCACAGCUUCGCUCUGGAUCACUAAUAAAGGAUGAGAAAGCACUGUGACAGCAAUGAUGAGAUCCUGAGCGCGUUACAGACCCCUCUUCGGAUGCCAGAGCAAAGAAACCAAUAUCCCUGUACAAGCACUGUAGAAAAUAACAAGAGUUAUGUAAAGGUAGUCAUAUGAAUUAAAAGAACAAAAAGAAUCCACCUUUUAAUAAAAGAGUACUAUACGAUUGAAAAGAAACUGUAAAAAAUAUGGUAUAGAGAUGCGAUUGUACGAUUUUAGAGGUAAAUAUUUGUAGCUUUAUUUUGAAGAAUAUAAUUCUGUCUUUUGGGAUAUGGAAGGGAUCAUGUAAAAUAACAGAGAAGAGAGGAUGGUUGAAGUCAAUGUAUUCUGCCUGCUUUAAGUUUUACAGCAGAGAACAUCUUCACCAGAUUAAAAAGAUGCAUGUGAAGGAUAAAAAAAAUACAUUUAAGUUACGGGAAAGGAAUAAAGUUCAGAGCUCUGGCUGUAAAAUGAAAAUAUGAACAUUUGCAUGUUUCAAUUUUUUAUUGUAACCAAUAACCUUUAAUGCUUACCCCGAUCCCAAACCCCUUCGUUUGAGGACGCUGCUACUAUCUAAAUAAACACAAAUCAAUAUUUUC